AUGACUUGGCACCAUGAGAGGAGUCAGGAACUAGAACAGAUCCCUCGGGAGACAUGGGCUACUCUAGAGGGUAUUCCGCAGUUAUCAGGCCCAACCAUGCCGUCUGCCGGCCGCCAAUUUUCCGCUCCUUCUCCCUCUACCAUCCUCAAGGUCGGUACCGGCGAAGACGAGGCAACUAUGACCGCGCGAGGCCGUACUAUCAUGGGCCAUUCGGUUCCGCGCAUCGACUUGCAUUGUUACCAUUGCACCGCUGCAGCCACACCUAAAGCCGCGACGAGGCAUCCUGAUGUCUCAGCAGGUCCAUCAAGGAGGAGCUGUGCCAGAUUCUUGUGCGUAUGCGGGCUCCCAAGUUCUCCUACUCGCCAUCCAUACACCCUUUUUGGCGUAUGCCGCAAAGAGACGUACGACUUCUGCGCCUCCCGCACAGAGUGGGACGAAUCACGGAUCCGAUUGCUGCCAACCUCUGAAGCAGACGCAGAACGUAUAGCUAGUCUUGAGAAAGUGCAGCGUGAUACUGCCGGUAUACUUGGCUGGGACCAGCCUGUCGUCACGCAUGCGGACUUAUCUGACCGGAACAUUCUUAUAGACCCCGACACGCUCGCGGUGACGGGAUUCAUAGACUGGGAAGUAGCUAAUAUUAUGCCUGCGUACUUUGAGUACGCCUGUGCUCGACUAUCUGGGGGGCAUGACCCUGCGUAG